GCCAGAUAAUUGUUACACCACGAUUGACGGCACGCCCAUGGCCCAGAUUUUAAAUGGAUCCAUCCAAAGCAAGGUGGUGGAUCAGGAGAGGGCUAGCGAGUUCAAAGGUCAGUGUAUUUCAGAUGCAGAGUCGACGAGGAUCAUCUGCCAGAUGGGGGCCACGGGUGGUAAUAGCUUUCUUUCCGGCGGCGGUACCAACAACAACAUGUUGACUGAUGACCAGGGUGACAUGCUGGGCGGUCACCAGCAGAUCCAGGAUGAUCAAACGCAACUGCAACAGCAGGCGCAGGCACACCAAACACAGUUACAACAGCAGCAUGCCCAAAUCCAGCAACAUCAAAUGCAGGUACAGCUGCAACAGCACCAACUGCAACAGCAGCAAUCGCAAGUCCAGCUUCAACAGCAGCAAUCACAAGGUCAACUUCAACAGCAGCAAUCACAAGUGCAUUUACAGCAACAACAGCAAAUGCAACAGCAAGCACAAGCACAGUUACAACAACAGCAACAAACACAAAGUCAGCCACAGCAGUUGUUACAGCAGCAAGUCCAGCCACA